AUGAAUCCCGCAACUUAUAACAAUGGUGGGGGGACGUUGGGUGGCGCCAAGGCACACGGACAGAUGCAAGCGCCGAAGAACGACAAUAACAACCAAGCGAUGAUGAACUAUGUCGCCCAAGCAUUGCAGUCUCAAGGUCCUUUCACUGGAUGGAGGGCCGAAGUUCCUGUGAAGGAUCGGGCCGUCAAGGUAUAUCAAAUGCUCACUUCUCUUCGCUUAAUACAUCCCCGUGUCGAGCUUCAAAACGCAGCCCAGGCGGCUUUGAGUUUUGAGCAAAAGGCCUUUAAAGAAGCCCGGGAAAAGGUGGACUACGACAAGGAGUGUAACGAGAAGCUCAUACAUAUUCGAGACACGCGUGCUCGGCAGGCGGCCGUCAUGCAAAAUGGGAUGAUCCCCCAGGGGGGCCCGGGCGCCGGGAUUCCUGGAGUAGGACAAUCCCCAUUCCCUCAACAGAUGAACCGCCAGAUGCAAGCUUCUCCAAUGCCGGGACAGCAACAAAUGCCCAUGAACAUGAACGAUCCGAACCAGCAGGUGUCGAUGCAGCCUCGCCAACAACCCCAACAACAACCGCAGCCGCAGCAGCAACAGCAGCAGCAGCAAACUAUGCUGCAACAGCAACAACCGCAACAACAAAGGUCGCAACCAAGGCCCAAUGGGGGCCCUUCGCUGACGGACGAUCUCAAUUCUCUAACCACCCAAGAAUAUGACCAUGUCUGCCGGAUCGCCGACCAAAUAAUUUCGAAGACUUCUCAGGAAGACGUGGAAAAAAUAAAGAUGAAUCUGCAGAACAUGACCCCCGAGCAGAAAGCAUACCUGUUGAGGAAGAACAUUGAUCCGGUCACCUAUUUCUUCCGAUCGCAGGCCUUGACACAGCUGAGGAGACACAAGCGCGCUCGAAUGGAGCUAAACCGCGCGCAGAACGCCGGGGUCGACCCAGCUGCGAUGAUGAACGAUCCCAUGAUGAACCCCCAGCAGCGGCAAAUGCUGCAAAACAUGAUGAAUCUUCAGCGCAAUUCAGCAUUCCCCAUGGCCAAUAACCAACAACAUUUGGAUCCGUCAUCGUUCAUUGGCAAUGUUGAGAAUAUCCAAGGACAACAAGCGGAUGGGCUACGUUCGCAGGAAGCCGGCCAGUUGGUGGUUCCGGCCAGCUCUUCUCAGAUGAACCAGCAGCCCUUUAACCCUCAGAACAUGUUCCAGGUUGGGCAGCAACUGGGUCAAGGUGGACAAACCAACAUGAACGGGGCAGGAAUGAAUCCGCAACAAUUCUUCUCUCAGCAACAAAUGCCAAAUUCUCAAGCUGUUCAGCCGGACCGAACACAACAACCUACUCAAUUUCCCCCUCAGACGCAGGCUCAGACGCAGGCCCAAGCUCGCGCGCAAGCCGCCCAGAAGGCGCAAAUAGCCAUAUCGCAGGCUGGCCAGGCCAAUCCGCACAUGCAACAGCAGAUGUCACAACAAAAUUCUGCCAUGCCCAUGCUAAACCGCCCCAUGGCGCCGGGUCAGAUAUCCCCAGCCCAAGUGGCUGCUCAGGUCCGGCCUCCGUCGCGCGCUCCUGCGAACGGUGUUCAGCCUUUGGGAGGCCAACCGACGAUGCAGGGUCGACAGCAAAUCCCCGCCGGUCUUCCGCAAGGGCUUCAAGAGCACCUGUCUCAAAUGAGCCCGGAACAAUUGAAUAAUUUUCUAAACCAACAACGUCGUGCCCAAGCCAUGGCUCGAGCGGGCGCUACGCAGCCAUCGAUGCCCAUGCAGCAGAAUAUGUCGCAGCCCGGUCAAAACCAGCAAAUGACAAAUGGUCAAAUGGGUAACAAUCAGAACAUGAGGGCCUCCCUAAACUUACAGCAGCAACUUGCCGGGAUGGGUGGCGCUCAGCCGCAACCCAAUCAAAUGAUGCAGGGACAACAAAUGUCGGUCCAGCAACGCCAGCAACAGCAGCAACGCCAGCAGGAGUUCUAUAAGCUGCAGCUUCUUCGUCAGCAGAGUGGAGGGCUAGAAAUGUCGCCCGAACAAGUCAAGGAGAUGGAUCGCUUGCACUUCCCUCCAUCGAUAUUAAGCAACAACCCGAACAUGGUUUCUCCAGUUCCGAAACACAUCAAAACCUGGGGCCAACUCAAGCAAUGGGCGGCCGCUAAUCAACAGGUUCUCGGCGGAAUGGACCUUCAAAAAUUGAUGACUAUGCAAAAGUUUCACCUUGCUCAGAUAUUGGCCCAAGGCAAAGAGAAUGGACGGAAUCCAGACCAAGGUGGCCAGGGCGCGUGGAUGCCGGUGCCUUUCCAGGGCCAGCAACAGCCGUUCGGGAACCCCCAGCCAUUCCCCGCGAACCAACAGCAGGCUGCAGCUAACAUGCCUCCUAUUCGACCGGUCACCGCGCAGGAUAUCCAGAUGGCUCGCCAGCGACUAGGUGCCCAGGUCCAGAAUUUUAAUGACGAUCAACUUCGAGAGCUGCUCCAUAAAAACAGGCAGAAGCAAUGGAUUCAGAUGGCCGCUCGUGCGACAAUGGCAAACCAACAAGGACAACAGGGUCAACAAGGCCAGCAGGUCCAACAAGGCCAGCAAACCCAGCCAGCCCAGCAACCCCCUGUGACCGCUCCCAUGACCACGCCCCAGAUAAAACAAGAGCCUCAAGCACAGCAACCGACUUCACAGCCAGCUCAACCAGCCCAGCCGAUCAAAGCUCCAACGGCAGCUCCUGGCAAAGGUGCAAAGGGACCUGUUGCUAAGCCGCCGCCCAAGAGAAAAAUGCAGCAAGAAGAACCCACGGAUUCGCAAAAUCCCGCGACGCAAGCAUCGACACAACCGACAGCCACCCAAGGAGCACCGGCCCCGGCUCCAGUUAGACCCAAUCUGCCGUUUACACGGGAACAGCUGGCUGCCAUGACGCCGCAGCAACGCUUCCAGUUAGAGGCACACAUACGCAGACAGCAAGCACAGCAAGCACAACAAGGACAACAAGCGCAGCAAGGACAGCAAGGGCAACAAGGACAAGGACAACAAGCUCGCGCCCCCAUCACCAAAGCGGCUGCCGACGAAGCAUGGAACAACCUACCCGAAAAGAUCCGGCAAUUGUAUAAUGACAUGGCGAAGCAAGCGCCUCCGGCGGAACCUGUGACAGUUACACCGGAGCAGAAGGCCGUCAUGACUCAGCAACUUCGCGAAUGUAUCGAUAUGCUGGGCAGGAUGGACGCCUUGGUCCAGUUUUUUGCGAAGAUCCCUAACCAGGAAAAAAAUGUGCGAAGUUUACUAGUCAUGCGUAUACAAUUAAUGCGACAAUUUAAGCCCGGGCCUGAUUGGGCUGUGGCCGACCACUUUACUGUUCCCCCGGAAAACCUCGCAAUGAGCAUCAAUUAUGUCAAGAAGUUAUUCCACGGUAUGAUCACCCGUGUAAGCCAACAACAACGACCCGGGGCAUCGCAGAGUCCUCCGAACGGGCAACCGACCGCUCAGAACAACAUGCCCGCCUUGAAUGCGAACAAUCUUCAGCAACUUCAGCAGGAACAAGAGGCUCUCCAGCGGGCACGAAGAGCGUCGAGCCAGACCGCCGUUUCGGCUACCUCAGCGGUUCCGCCGGCGCCAUUUGGAGCGCCGUCUCCACAGGGCGUUCCACAUGCAUAUGGACCCGGAAGUAUACCCCCGCAAGAACUCAAGCUACCUCCGCCAAAGAAGAGAAAGCAAUCCCACGCUGGUGGCACUCCCACCACUGGCACGCCGGGUGCUAAGGCUGCAGCGGUCAAACAAGCCGUGGCUGAGGCGGCCAAGCCCACACCGGCCGCCCUACCUGGUGCCUUUAAAUGCAGCGUUGCCGAAUGCCAGUAUCACUAUCAUGGCUUUUCUAAUCAGAACGCGCUGGACAGGCACGUGGAAGAGAGUCACAAGGUUGAAGAGUCGAUUGAAGAUCCUCUUGAGUUUGCCCUGGAGAGCUUCCGUAGCAGCCUCGUCAAGCCCCAAGACAAAGCAGGGGCCCAGGCCGCUCGGAAGGGCGCUACAAUGGAGGCUCCGCAGGUGCCGAAACUGGAAGGAACAACACCCAUCACAACCGGUACAACUCCGAUGGGACGAGUACCCAGCCAGUUUGGUCCCAAGACCGCUUCUCCCGCCUCGAACCAGCAACUCACGCCUCGCGCGGCUUCGACCAAGGCACCUGCCUCGACGGCUAAGCCUGCCAAAUCCAAGGACGACAGGAAGGAGGCCGGCAAAUCCACGGAGCAGGAACCGCCCGUGCAAAUGCAAGAUCCCUGGGCCACGAGCGCCAUUUCUCUCGAGGCUAUCCAUGACACGUUCAUGGAGUUUGGCGAUGACGGCGGCCUCGGAUUUGGCCCCAUGGACGAAUUCCUCAAUCCCGACAUGUUCACCAAUACCCAGUCUAAGGACACCCCGGACUCGGUCGAGACGGCGGUUGUCACGCAGACCCCCAAGGAUGGCGACAUGCCCACAACCAACGAGAUGAAUGCCAAAAGUGGCGAGGGCACCGAUGAUAAUUGGGUUCCAGUCGAUUGGUUCAAUCUCCCCGGUCGAUUCGAAGACGGGCUUCUGAUGAAUGACUCGUGGGAAGAAAUCGAUUGGGACACAUUUGAUCACAAGGAUCCGUCUAUGAAUGUAGACGACAGUGGGAUUGCUAUCUGUGCUAUGUAA